ACCGACCUGCCAUCGCCGCAACCUCUUCACGACGUCGACAUCUCUCACGGCCAGCCGCAUACGCCGCCGGCAUUCUUACCCGCCGCCCUCAUCGCGCGCCUGCCACCGAUGAGGACAGCGACAUCUCCAUCGCAAGCUUAAGCUGCGGCCGCUGUCCGCGAUAGCAGCACCUCCGCUGUCACCACCACCCGCUCCCAUUUGCGCAACCCUCUCAAAACCGCCAAGAUGGCGUUGACCGGCGCCGCGAUCGAGUUCGCAGGCACGUUCGAGGUCGCGUCCAUUCCCGCGAAGCUCCGUUGCGCCGUUUGUGACAAGAUGGCUCUCUUCGCAUUCAGGGUUGAGUGUUGCGACAGCGACAUCUGCGGUAAUUGCAAAGAGAACCUCGACCCAUCCGAGUGCCCAGUAUGUGGCCACACUCCUUUCAAAAUGGAGACCGCGAAAAAGGCCAACAAUCACCGCACGACCAUCAAGAUCUUCCUCAAGACUCAGGCCGGGAAGCAAGGCAUGGAUAUCACCGGGGACACACUCAAGCCGAUCGCGGCCAAAGAGGCGACGCCUGCGCCAGCGGUCGAGGCAACACCGACACCUGCUGCCAACAACGAGCCCGCAGUAGCUCCUGCUGAAGUCCAGGAAGCCGGCGCCGAUGGCGAGCCGGCACCUGGAGAUGCUCCUCAGGGUGAGACUGAGGCGAACGGCGAUCUGGAGCACACAGAGGUCAACGCUGCUGAUGGCGGGCAAGACGAAGAAGACGAUGACGAAUCCGACGAUGACGACGUUGUAAUCACCACUGAACGACCAGACAACGAGGAGCAGCAGCAACAGGGACAAGACCAAGAGCACGAGCAGUACGAGGAGGAGGCCAAUGGCGAACAAAUGGUGAGUCAGAACAUGCCCAUGAACCAACAGCAAGGCUUCGGCGGCUUCGAUCAAAACAUGGCUGCCUUUGGCAACGCCAACUUCGCGAAUAUGGGCAUGAAUGGCUUCAAUCCGAUGAUGGGUAUGAUGGGCAUGGGAAUGCCAAACAUGAUGGGCAUGCCAGGCAUGGGCAUGGGCAUGGAUCCAUCCAUGAUGUUCAAUGGAGGCUUUGGCGGCAUGGGAGAUAUGAGUGCUAUGAUGGGCAUGAACGGCAUGGGAAUGGGCGACAUGUCGGGCAUGGGCAGUUUCGGUGGCAUGAAUGGACCUGGGUUCUUCCCGAAUCAAGGCAACUAUAUGCAAUCACAGAAUUUCGGAAACGGUCCACGGCAAAACUUUUCCUAUGAUCGUGGCUACCGAGGCGGUCGCGGCGGCUUCGGUAGGGGCGCCCGUGGUAACUUUGGUCGCGGCCGCGGCGGAUAUGGAUUUCAGCAGCAGCAGUACGGUGGUCAGCACUCCGACUUUCCUCCCAAUGCGCCCACGGGCCCUAGCGGAGCGCGACAGCAGAGCGGAGCAAACACCACAGAGCUAGCCAACCGGCGCAGAGGCUCUCCAACAUACGACGCAAUGGGUGGUUCAAACGGAGCUCCCGCUGAGUCGAGAGGCGACGUGAAUGAACAAGCUGCCAAUGGAAUCCAGGAGUCCGAGGAUACUAAUCGCGCAGAGAACGAUACUAAUGCCGCAGGCGAGAAUGUUGAGCAGAAUGAUGGUGACGCUGCGCCAAACACACAAGAUGCUACUCAGCUUGGCGCGGACCACGACGAAGGGGCAACUCUGGAAGCAGCCGGACAGGCACUACCUAACGAUGGUGUCAGAAUGGAGAGCGUCGUGGUGGCAGAUCCUUCAUACGGCAACUUCGACGAAGCCGCACAGUACGGUCAACAUGAUCAUGCCAUCUCAAGUGGUCGUGGAGGUUUCAGAGGGCGGAGCGGAUCAGGCUAUGGCGGUUACCAAGGCAGGGGCACUGAUAGUACCGAGUUGACUCCUAAGCCUGCUCCACCAGUCAAUGCACCGACUGGUCCCAAGGCGUUGCGUCAAGGUCUCCCAAAUACUGGCUGGGUCAGCCGAGCUAGCUUGCCAAAACCUGCGAGCACAAAUCCACCUGCUCCUCAGCGUUCAGACUCUCAGACACGCUCAGUUGAGCGCUCGCGGCAUGAUCUCUCGAAUGAACGUGACAUUGAUGCGCGUGAUCGAUCAACAUCUCGGUCAGGAUCCAAAUAUCGCAGCAGGGACGACCGAGAGCGUGAUGUCGAGGAUGACUACGAGGACGAUGAAGCGUAUGCCCGUCGCAAAGAGCGCAAGCGUCGCGAGCGCAAGGACCGUGAGAGAAAAUAUGAGGAAGAAGACCGUGACGAAGAUAGCGGGUCCCGCAAGCACCGGUCACGAUCAGAGUCGCGAGAGGACGAUGGCUCACGACGCCGCCACCGUGACAAGGACGAUGAGCAUCGCUCUUCACGCUCGCAUCGUGACCGGAGCAAAGACCGACAUCGAUCACGCCGACACCGCUCCAAAUCACCCACGAAAGACUACGAUGACGAUCAUUACUCGCGUCGCAAGAGUCGACGCGAUGAUAAGUACGACGACUACAAGGACAGCCGCAGCAGCCGUAAGGGCUCCCGUCGCGAAGAUGACUACGAGUAUGAGGACAGCAAGAAGGACCGAUCGUCGCGCUCAUCCCGGCACGACCGUGAACGCGACCGCCCGCGUCCCGUCAUCGAGCCUCCUUCCGAUGAGCUUGGCUUCAAAAUCAAAGGCUCGACCAAGAACAAGAAGGAUGGCAUGGCACCUCCUUCAACGUUCCAUCGUGAGCGCAGUGAUCGACGUGGAAGUGCCGCCACCGAGUCUGCAGGCGCGGAUCCCUAUGCCGAAGAACGCGCACGCGCACAGCAAGACCGCGAAGCCAAGGAAGCUCAACGCAGACAGUCGACCAACGAUUCCCGCUCUUCUCUGGGCAAGCGUGGUCGUGAAUACGACGAUGAGCCGGUUGUCCCUACGGGGCCAAAGGGCGAUCGCAACAGAAUCAAGAAGAGCAGAAAGGAGCGCAGAAUUCCUUACAAGUACGAGGAUGAGGUCCAAAUGAGCUAGGACACCAGAGAUCUCAUCUCGAAAACCCGGCAUUCUCGCAUCCAGGGUACUUCUCAGCGUAAGGACUUUCGAACCAGACAGGAUUCACCGCAGAGGCGCACUCGGGAACUAAAUGAUCGUGUAAGACUACUGCAUUGGAUGCCGAGGAACGUUUAACGACACGAAGAAGACCAACAUAACUGCGAUCUUGUGGUCUGUACAAGAACACAUUGCGAGCGCCGAUGGGCUUCUGCUAUCAAUAGAAAGCAACGGGUCCUGUCGUAUGCCCUGUCUUUUCUAUGAUGAUGCUAUGAUCGGCAUUGCAUUUGCGGACGGAGUGAAACACAAAAAAAAAAAGCGUAUGCUGUACGACAGAGGCCACAAUGCGUGUGGCCAGCUGAUGGAAAGGAUCAAAGAAUGGCUCCCACAUUGGGGCUCCAUGCUAUCGUUGCCGCAGACUAAUAGCACUGUACAUUAUGCUGCUCCAGGCAUGCUUCUGGACAUCGAACCACUGAUGCAGGCCAGGUAGCAAGACCGAAGAUACCAUUGAAUAAUGCAGACUGACUUGUCGGAACA